AUGAGUGUGAAACUGGGUAGUGGGAAACCUAGUGGAUCUAGCUCUGGUGGGGCCACAUCUACUGGUAGUAGCAGUGCUGGUAAUGGUAGUGGCUCAAGUCUCUCUAGUGCUGGUAUCCAAAAACUGCUAACGGACAACCUUGUGGAGAAGAUAAUGAGGAUGGCACUCCCACCAGGGUCAGAUGUUGCUAUAAACAGUUUGGCAAAGAGGAAACAGUUUGCUAAGGAUAGACCUGGUUUGUCUGUCAACACAAUGAGUCGAAAUUUUAGACUGAUGAAUGCUAGAUUAAGUCAGCCCUUUGCUAUACUUGAUGAGAUAAUUGAAGUUUUCAGUUGGGCAAACCCAGCCUACACUAUUUCGAUUAUGUUGAUUUAUACACAUGCAGUUAUGAAACCUUUACCCACACUCACUUCGUUACCCAUAUUUUACCUUCUGUUUGGAGUUAUGGUCCCUCAUUAUCUUUACAUGCAUAAACCCAAUUACUCCAUGUAUUUGGAUGGAAACCCAACACCUGCCCAAGGUCUACCUCUGAGGAAACCUGUGGUACCUAAACCGGUCCCAGAAUUGAGCCAAGAAUUCAUACUAAAUCUGACUGAUCUGCAAAACCACAUGAUGAUAUAUGUCUCUUUCUAUGAUUUCAUAAGUGUGUGGUUGACGAAAUUUGCCUAUUUUACAAAUGAAAAAAUCUCUACUGCUGUAUUUUUCAUACUGUUAGUGGUAGGCUUAAUAAAUGCCCUUUUCCUGGACACUCUGAGCAAACAUCUACCGGUCAAAGGUUUUUUUGUGGCUUUUGGAUGGUUCUUGGCCUUUAUGCUUCAUCCAAAAUUUAGGGAAUGGUUUUUAUCCAGGGUUAAUUCAGAAGAAACAAGACUCAGAGUGUUAACUCUCACCAAUAGAUUUGAAAAUAUCAUUAAUGAACACCUGCGAUACACAGAAGUUAGAGAGAAUAAAUUAGUAUCGGUCUUUGAAAUCCAAAAAUUCUCUGAAAAGGAUAAAUGUUGGGUUUUAGUAGGUUUUUCUAACGAUGAUUACACUUUGUUCUCAGAUUUGCGAAUAGAACAGGAGGACAUUGCACUUCACUGUGCGCCAACUUUAGAAGAAGUUAAACCACCAGUAGAAUGGGAAUGGGUUGAAGCUGAAGACUCAUGGGCAUUAGAUUUAGAACCCAUAGAAUGGGUAGAACAGGGAUUUAUACAAUAUGUCGAUAUCGAUAUGGGUACUAAGUGGGUUUACGAUUUAACUUUGGAAGGUAAGAGAGGUGGAUACCGUAGACGGAUGUGGACUAACGUGUGCGCAAGACAGAUGGAUUACCAUUAUGUCGAUACGAACGGAGAAGAAGAAGAAGUAGUAGAAGAAGACGAUAUGGUCAAUUUAGCUAGGGUAGAAAACUAUUCACACGGCCACCGUAGGGUUAGUAGAGAUUCGAUGUCAGGAUCAUCGACCCAUUCUGAAGAGACUAAACCCGCAAUAGAUAGAAGCGAAUCAAACAAUUCUAUCAACAGCGUGAUUAGCCCUGCAAGUCCAAAGAAACUUCCAAAGGGUGAAUCAUUCAGCGGUCUAGGCAGUCUCACCGAUCUACUAAACAUGACGGUAUAG